ACAGCACAGACCCACCACAUACAAGGAACAGGAGGGUGUGGAUAUUAAAAACACCAGACAGAAGUCACGUCUUAUUUGUUGGGUGAAUUUACGAAGAAAGACCUCAAACAACACCAAGAACUGGAAAGAUUGUAACAAGCUAAAGUCAAAGAUGGCUGCCAGUAUCACAGUCCAUUCAGUGCUUGAUAAGAUCAGUAAGGAUCAUCUAGAAUGUCCAAUAUGCACCAAUCGCUUCAUCAAUCCAACAAUGCUAGACUGUCUACACAGCUUCUGCUUCACAUGCCUCAAGGAGCUUCACCAACAAGAUCUUAACAACUCCAUCCUACUGUGUCCUCUGUGCAGAAAGAAAACAGCACUAGAAGACAACAAGGUUGACAGUCUACCUAAGGACUUUAAACUCAAUGCCCUGGUGGAUGAGUUUACUGUCCAGGAGCAACUCAUGGAGGGUCAUGGGUCAGAGGUCAAAUGUCAAGCCUGUAAUGUUGAAGAGCAUGCAGCAAUCGCCAGGUGUGUAGACUGUGAUUAUUUCCUUUGUCAGGAGUGUCAAACUGCACAUCAACGUUUUCCUGUUACUAAAUCUCAUCAGGUCUACAUGCUGGCACAGCUGCAUUCCGGAGAAGUCAACUACACGUACAGGAGUAAAAUCAGGGAGUAUAUUCCAAAGUGUGACAAGCACAGUGAUCAGACUCUGAACAUCUACUGCAACACAUGCCAGAAGUUAGAAUGCACAACUUGUACCAUCCUUGAUCAUGCAAACCAACCACAUAACCCAAUUGGUAUACCCGAGGCUUUAGACAAAUGCAAACAGGAAGUUGUAGAGCUGAUUGCAAAAGCUGAGAAGUGCAAGGCUGAUAUUCAAACUGCCAUGGAACAAGCUAGUGAGUCUCGCAAGAAACUGGAAUCUUCAUAUGCUGAAACCAAUAUGAAAAUCGCCCAGAAGGCUGCUAAGGAGAGAGCAAAGAUCACCGAAGAGGAAAAGCAGCUGAAGCAAGAGGCAGAGCGUGUUUACAAAGACAGAGUUCAGACAUUUGAAACUGCAGAGGCAACCAACACAAAAGAAGUGACCCAGGUAGAGCACAAGCUGGAUGAAGUGAAUCAGUUCAUGACCCAAGCAAGUUCUCAUGAGAUUCUGGAUUUCAAGCUGAAACUUAAAAACAAUCUUGAUGAACUAACUAAGAUACAAGGCGAGAUUGUGUCUGACAGGCUUUCCUUUCUUGAGUUUGAAGAAGGUGAAAGGUCAGUGGGAAGACUGGUACUGGAAGAUGAGCAACAAGCUAAAGCAGAGGCUCAGGCCAAGGAACAUGAAACAAUCCAUACAAAACAGGAGUGGGAACUGAAGGAAAGUUUCAGUCAAUUUGACUUCACACACUUUCUGGAGGUAAGGUUUGUUGCAGCUUUCUCCGACAAUGAAAUAGUAGUAUUAGAUAUAGGCCACAAUGCAUUGUUUACAUUAAAAUCUCAGGUAGCAGCAAACACAUCACAGUCUACUCACUGCCCACAAAGAUUAAAACUAAAAGGUCUUUCUGAACCAAAGGCACUCACUGUGGGCAAUAAUGAUCACCUGUAUGUGAUUGACAAUAGAGAAGUCAAGAUCUUUAACAGGAGAUAUAAGCCCCAUCAUCAGUUCAAUCUAAGUGUAAGAGACUUCUACCCAUCAAGGCUUGCAGUGGAUGAAAACAAUCUCAUAGCAGUGGGUUAUAAAGAAGGGCUAAUCUCACUCUACAACCCUGAUGGAUCACUCAUCAGAACAUUCUCUACUCCAGUAAAUGUAAACUAUUUGACUUCAUACAAGGAGAGGAUUAUCUACAGCAGUAGAGGUGGUGUACAUUUACACUCAGUUGAUUAUAAGGGUGGAAAGGUGUUCUCAGUAGAUAUUGAUCAGUCUGAAGAUUCCUAUGGUGUGUGCUGUGAUAAAGAUGGAAGUAUCUUUGUUGCUCAAAAUAAUUGGAUAACAGGAACCAAUAGAAUAUGUCAGUACAGUCCUGAUGGCAAGUACAUUGGAUGUGUCAUUGAGGAUUGUGGUAACGCCUUUGACAUCACAUUCACACCAUCUGGCAAUCUUGUAGUAGCAGCACAGACAUCAGUAAACAUCUUCCAAGUUGUUUCCCAGUAAGAAUAGUACCUCACUUAACAUGCAAAAGUGAACUAUAAAAACAAAACAACUGAACUAAUAAUAUCAUAACAUACACAUUACACUAGUUCAUGAUAUUGUAAAUGUAGUAAUUACUGUUUAUGUGAAGAAAAAAAAAGAAAAACAAGAAAAAGAAAAAGGGAUACAAAAAAAGGUGUUCCACUUCCAUGUGACAUCCAAAUUUGGUGCAGAAUCACGUUAAGAUAAGAUGGAAUGUGGAACAACAAAUACUCAAAAAUAACCUUGUUGCAUCUUGGUUGCAUGGAAACAACAAUUUAAUAAGUGGACAGUACAAAUAGCAAGAUUUAUUGCCCCUAACUAAUUUACUGUCUGUCUCUUCACAUUUUGCAGAGUUUGUAAGUACUUAUAAUACAAUGAAUGGCUUAUCAUGCCCACCUAUUAUCUUUAACGAUGAAGUUUGGUAUUCCAACAUGCAUUAAAGGACACUGUUGUUCAAUAAGAUCACACUAAAUUUUAUUCAAAUUAAUAGUUGUUUUCUUAACUCUAAUGCCUGUCAAAUGGAAUCAAACAAUGUACUCACCACCGUUUAAAUAAACUGACGAUUAUUGUUGUUUUCUUUUACUACUAUUCUUAUAUUUUCCAUUUUGCUUGUAAAUUAACACAAACACUUCAUCACUUUCAUCUGCUAGCUCCCAGAUGUAUAUAAAAUUGCUUUAUUGUUUUACUAAGCCUUUUAAACUAAAAGACAGUUACUAUGUGUAAAUUGCAAAAUAAAUGUAUGAAAUGAACAGGUUGAAAUGUAGUUGCAUUUACAUGCAUUAAAGGACACUGUUGUUCAAUAAGAUCACAUUAAAUUUUAUUCAAAUUAA